CCAAAAGAGAAGGAGAAGAAUGACACAGCAGCCUUGACCCCUACACUGAGAGGAAAGAAAGGAAACACAGAAAAGCCAUGCAAGCACCAAACCUGUAGAUUACUGCAGGUCUUUUUUUUUUGCUUCACUGAGGACAAAUAUUUUACUGACAGCCAUGCAGCAUAAAGGCAUCAUGCUGAUUGUGUUCUUGGAAUAUUUUAUUUCUGGACAUGGAGAAGCAGAUCCCCCGAGGCCACGCGCCUUCCGCUGCAGCGGCCGCGCCUGCAACCCUCCCGUGGGGAACCUGGCCACGGGAAGGACACCAGUGACCAGCACCACGUGUGGCCAGAACAGCACUGAGCUCUUCUGCUUCUACCCAGAGCAGAACCUCCUCCAUCACCUCUCCCCUGGCUGCGGGCAGCCCCGCUGCACCAAGUGCAACGUCAACCAGCCCGAUAACUCGCACCUCCCUGCUGACAUGACAGAUGACUUCUUUGCAAACCCCAUGUCCUGGUGGCAGUCUGCCCAAGGGGUGCACAGAGAAGAAAUCAGACUGGACUUUGAAACAGAAUUCUACCUGACCCACGUCAUUGCUGUGUUCAAGUCACCUCGCCCAGCUGCGAUGGUGUUGGAAAGGUCCCAGGAUUAUGGGCAGACUUGGAGGCCCUACAAGUAUUUCUCUGUCAACUGUACAGCUACUUUUGGGCUCCAGGAUGAUCUCGUUGAGGAAGGCUCCAUGUGCACUUCCAGGUAUUCAGAUGCAGUGCCCUGCACCAGAGGGGAGGUGAUUUAUCGUGCCUUAAGUCCGGCCAACAAGAUCGAAGACCCUUACAGCCCUGAGGCUCAGGAUCUCCUGAAGCUCACCAACCUCCGCCUGCUUCUGCUGAAAAGGCAGGAAUGUCCCUGCCAUGGCUCAGGAUUGGUAGAGAAACCCCAAAGAUUUGCCCACUAUGCCAUUUAUGACCUGAUCAUCCGGGGGAGCUGCUUUUGCAAUGGGCAUGCAGAGGAAUGUGAGCUUGCCAACAGGACAGGAGUGAUGGAGAACAUGGUCCACGGGAAGUGUGUGUGCAGACACAACACGGCAGGUGACCACUGUGAGAAAUGUGCUCCACUCUACAACGACCAGCCUUGGAAGCCAGGAGAUGGGAAAACAGGGGCACCGAAUGAAUGCAGAAAGUGUCGCUGCCACAACCACGCUGAGAGCUGCCACUUUGACCUGAGCGUGUGGCUGGCCUCGGGGAAGCGCAGCGGGGGCGUCUGCGACAGCUGCCAGCACAACACCGAGGGACAUCGGUGCCAGAGGUGCAAACCUGGCUUUUACAGAGACAGAGGCAAGCCCCUGUCUUCUCCAGACGUCUGCAAACCCUGCGCCUGCCAGCCCAUGGGUUCAGCCAACACCACGUUCAGCAGCAGCUGGAGGUGCCACCCCCGCACAGGAUUCUGCUACUGCAAGCCAGGAGUGGCAGGUCCCAGCUGUGACAGGUGCCUGGUAGGCUACUGGGGCUUUGGAGAAAGCGGCUGUCGGCCCUGCGACUGCGCCAGAGACUGUGACCAGCGCACUGGGACCUGCUUCCAUGGCUAUGACAGUGAGCCCUUCUUUAAUGUCCCCAUUGGGGGACGAAUCCCUGACCUCAUCCAAACCCCGAGCAACGAGAGCGAAGAGGAGUGGAAAUGGAACGACCACGAGCAGGGAUUUUCUGCACUGAGGCACCCAGAAAAGUGUGUGUGCAAAGAGAAGGUGCUCGGGAGUGUCAGUGACUUCUGCCAAAUGAAAUACGCUUAUGUAAUAAAAGCAAGAAUCCUGUCUGCUCAUGACAAAGGGACCCAUGCAGAAGUUGUUGUGAAAGUGAAGAAGGUCCUGAAAUCAGGCAAGGUGAAAAUUGCCCGGAGCAACAGAAGCAUUUACCCAGAAUCCUGGACCAACAGGGGCUGCACAUGUCCCAUUCUCAAUCCUGGUACUGACUAUCUCAUAGCAGGCCAGGAGGACUCUAGGACUGGCAAACUCCUCGUGAACAUGAACAGCCUGGUGAAACCCUGGAAGGCAUAUUUGGGAAAACAAGUAUCAGAUAUUCUCAGAACUGGAUGCAAAUAAUUUCUGCUUCAGAAAUUACAGUGCUGGACUUUGCCUUUUAGUAACACUGCAGUGAAAGGUGUAGUUAGUUCAAGCAUUCCCAUUCAACAUGCUCCUAGCUGAAGCAAGGAAAGCAGACUUGCCAUCCCUCCUUUCAUGUGCUUAGACAGGAAACUUGGGACAUGACUACUUUUUUUAAAAAAUGCACAGCCUUAUCAUACAAAAUUACCUAGUGCAUCAUAUAUAGAUCACAAGUCAGUUCUUCACUUAAGCCUGAUUCCAGCCAGAAUCAUUUUACAAGGCAAAACUAAAGACAUGUACUAGUGUUUCCAUACUUCAGGUCAGAGACUGAUAUUAAUAUGCAUAAACUGCUUUCAUAAUACAUUCAUUACGGGAGUGUAAAUUUUAUUUAUCAGUGACCACUAAAAGGCAGCAAUUUCUUUCAGCUUUACAAGUGGCAUAAUACUAAAUAAGCAUAUAAGAGAGCUCAAACUGAUUUACCAUCAGACUGCAAUUAUGCCAAUAUAAUAGGCUGCUUUCUAGAAGCCAAUAUUAUCCCACUGCCUACAGAAACAAAUGUGUGGCUUAUCUUGGGACAGUGUCCUUUAGAGAUGUGCAUCAUGUAUCAUCAUGUAUCAUCAAUGCUUAGUGCUGAGCUCUGCUGCAGAAACCACCUUGGCUCAAACUCCAUCCCAAACCCAGCUCUGUGCUCUUGUACUUAGUCUGCAACACCACAAACGUUUCACAGCAAUAACUGCAAAUAAGCCUUAAUUAUAGGAAAAAGCCAAAGUGUGAGGAACUAGCAGCUGCUCUAAUACUGAAAUUGUGACACUACAAAAGCCACAAAGCAGAAACAGGAGGUAAAUGGAUUGGUGGGAGCAUGUAUCACAUGAGGUAAGCUGUAGUUCUGGGAGAGCAACCUGGCUGCUCCAACUGUGCUCAAGACCACUGGCCUUCGACUGCACUUAGUGCUUUCAUUGUGCUUUAUUUCUCUUGGUCACACUUCAGGGUAAGAUGCUGAAGCUCUGCUUCCUUCCCAUAGUGCCUGAGGAUUAUUUCUCCCUCUGCAAAAGUACAGGAGUGGUAACAUCUGCACUUCAGGUAAAAUUAGUUCUGCUUUGCAGAAGCAUUAUUUCUAAAUCAAUUUUAUCCUACAGUAAUCAAGAGAUAGCUACUUAAAUCCUUCCCUAACACAGAGGAAAGUGAAGUUUGAGAUGUGUGUCCCAAAUUUAAGGACUUACAACCAAAUGAAGUUGAUUGGAGCACUCUCUCUUCAACUAAGCAAAAAUCACAAUGAAUCAAUCCAAAUUCUUUCAGGGAGUUACAGAGAAAGAGAAGCACACAUGCUACUUUUGCAUGUUUCAAUUCCAUUGCUAAUUUUUAAUGCUCCUAGGGAAGAGGAGAUGUUUUCAUUUAGCACUGUCUGACUGGUAAGUGGGACACCUAGAAACCCUAAUACUAAUGCAGAACAACAGAAGUCCAGCCUACAACUUAAGCCAUUGUUUUGUUCUCUUUACCAAUGAAAACAAAAAUUCAGCCUCUUCCAUUCUAUUUACUGCUAUUUUACUUUGAAUUUCACAUUGACUGAACAGCAGAAAUAUCCUCAGCUCAUUUGGAAAUGGAUGACAGGCAGAUCUUUAAGAAAGAAAAAAGCUCCAAUUUGUUUCUCAACAGGAUAUAAACAGUGUUUCUAGUGUUCCCUCCUCCCCCCUUUUCAGGAAAUUUCCCUUCCUCCACUGCUUUCCCCCUUUCAAUUCAUAAUUUAUUUGUUGUUACCUAAACUGGUAUCCAACAAUGUGGCAUCUCCAACAAGCUAUUUAAUUAAUGCAAUAAAACACUUUUUAACCAAG